AUGCGAAGAGUGGAUGGAACUGCUCCCCUGACACUUCCAACCUUUGUGCCGGGGCAGCCGCGCUUCCAUACGACACGCAUCAUCCAGUCCACUGAUGACUUGGAGGGCUUUGAUGAAAUUCGCCCUGAGGACAAGGAUUUGCUGCGGCGCAUCAUCGCCGGCAGCGAGGACCUUCGCAGCGCGCAGUUCGGUACCGGUGUCAGCGAGCCACGGAACAAGCGAGGUGCGGAGGAUCCAGCAUUUGUGGCGGCCAAGAGGCGCCGGGAAGAAGAGAAGAAAAAGAAUCAGAUCGAACUCAAAAAGGGUAACCGAUGUUGGACUUUCCUCCACGUGAGAGGAGUGGGCAGGGACGGAGAGCUGAAGAAGGAGAAAAGCCCCAAGCCGGAGCUGGGCCUGAUCGUCGCUGAGGAAGAGGAUGGCUCCUUCAAGAUUCAGUUUGAGAGCAAGGAGGAAAUUUAUGUCGACCCCUUGGUGUUUAGCAUCAAGUGGGCUUCAGUUUGA